UUACGUUUGGUGUUUGUGCACGCUCGCUUUGUUUUGCAUUUUUAAUGUGUGAAAUACUACAAAAAUUAUAGUUUACCUUUAGCUGUUAUUAGCUAAAUUCAUUACGAUGCCUCUGCCUCCUGCUUUAGCAGCACGUCUUGCUAAGAGAGGCCUGUUGAAACCUAAUUCUGGUGACUCCAACAACGAUCAAGUUCCUGUGCAAGCCAAUGAAGAGAUCAUAGCUGAAGACUAUGAUAGCAAACCUGAAGAUCACAAUAAAGAAUACUUCUGGGAAGGCAUUGAAGGAGUCAACGUUGAUCCUAUAAAGGGCCAUAAAGGUUGUCCAAAUAAGAAUAACAUAUAUCAUGAAUGUUCUAAGUUUUGUGUAAAGACAUGGAAACAAGGCAAAUUGGUACCAGACGAAUCGUAUCUCGAGAAUAAGAGAAAGGUACUGGAAUUGUGGCCGUUGCCACCUGGGUGGGAGGAAGUGUAUGAUGAAGGUUGUGGUCAACAUUACUUUUGGAAUGUCCAUAAUAAUUUGGUAUCCUGGCUGCCGCCUGCACAUCCACGAGCUGCUCCUUCCGAAAGCGCUGCACACUUGCGAGAGGAGCGGUUACUAAAAGAAGGCGAUGAAAGUGAGAACAGCAGUGAUGAAUCAGAUCAGGAAGUUCCUCAGCAACCAACCAAAGAGAAACGACGUGAACGUAGGGAAAGGGAAAAGGAGACGGUUCAUCGUCGCGAUAAGAAGCGGCCCAGAGUCAAAGACAAUGACUUAGAUCCCAUGGAUCCAGCUUCAUAUUCAGACAUUCCUCGAGGCAAUUGGAGUGCAGGGCUGGACAGACAUGCAAAGACUGGAGUUGAUACUACGGCGUCGGGAUCUUUGUAUCAGAUGAGGCCAUAUCCAGCCCCUGGUGCAAUCCUUGCAGCUAAUGCCAAGCAACAAUCUCCAACACCACCCUCACCUUAGAUGUUUUAAUAUGUUAAUUUUACUGUGUAAUAAAUAUGUAUAAUAAUAGUA